GUAAGGCAGAAGUUAAAGAAAAGAAAAUGGAGCAAAAAAGUCCAAAGCUUUGGACUCCACAUGGAAGAAGGCGAAAGACUAGUUAUGAGAAAUCGAAUCAUACUCAGGAAAAGUGGAUUCAAUAGUACGCACGCACUGGACUCUGGUUAGUGUUCGAAGGAGAGAAAGGAGUGGAAGCAGUAGGCCAGGCCUCCCCACCUAGCCACCUCCACUUCCUUUUGCCAUAAAUGAGAGAAUUUAGAACCAUCAUCACCUCUCCUCUCAUCUCCCAUUAUUAUUCCUCUAUUCCCACACUUCCCAAAAAAAACACAAAAGAAAACUUACCAUCAUAACUCUUUAUUUCUCUGCCUUCCUUUCCCCUCUCUCUCUCUCUCUCUUCUGUUUUCUGCAUUUUCUCUAAAAGGGUUGGACUUUUUUUUCUUUUUUUUUUUUAAUCGUGUUUCGGUGGGAUUUGGUGUUUUGGGUUUAGCUGUCUUUGUUAUGCUAGAAUGGGAACUUCGGAGAAGCCUGUGAAUGCGGUGCAUGAUCUGGGAUCAAGCCAAGAAACUGUUGUUAGUCCUGUACAUAAGGGUGAAGGAUUGAUGGGAAUAGUUGAAGAAGGUAAUCAUUCCCAUCAGUGGAAGCGGAAAAAUCUCUUUUUAGAGAUACCCUCAAGAACAUUGGAAGACUCCUUACAGGAUUCUGUUGUAAUAAAGAUUCCCCCAUCACCUAGUCCUACCCCUAGGAAAGUAAAUUUCCUCUUGACGCCUAAUUCUAGUGAUGCAAGAGCCUGUGGAUCCCCAGGCCCCUCCUCAUCUAGAGGAAAAUCAUCCUUAAGAAGUCUCUUACCUAAACUAAGCUUCAAGUCUCGAAUUUCAACAUUAGAUGUUGAGAAGGCAGCCAGUCUACUACCUCCAGAUUCUUUGUGUACCAUGCCAAAGGAGAAACCAUCAAUCUCGAGGUCAUUAUCACUUACAAAGAUUUUCACCCCUCGGAUGAAGAGAACAUCAUCACUGCCAGUAACUCCAAUUGCAAAUUCUAACCCAGAAUCUACACGUGGAGGAAGCACUGGUGGUGCACUCAAUUCAAGUGGAAAAGGAGCACAGCGACAGAUAUCUCGCUCACUUUCAGUCCCUGUCAACAAUAAAGAAAGAAGUAUACGAAGGAUGGAUUCCUUUUUUCGUGUCAUUCCUUCGACUCCUCGAGUGAAGGAAGGAGAUGCAAUAACAAAUGCUUCUCCAGGGAAUGAUACAGAAACUGAUGACACUGAUGGUGAAGAUAUACCUGAAGAAGAGGCAGUUUGUAGAAUUUGUCUGGUUGAACUGUGUGAAGGAGGUGAGACCCUUAAGAUGGAAUGUAGCUGCAAAGGUGAACUUGCUCUGGCCCAUCAAGAAUGUGCUGUAAAAUGGUUUAGCAUCAAAGGUAACAAGACAUGUGAUGUGUGCAAGCAAGAGGUUCAGAAUCUGCCUGUUACUCUGUUACGAAUCCAGAGUAUACGUGCUCGAACUUCUGGAGCAAGUAGAGUUCAUCAAGCAGAUGCUAAUGGAUACAGGAUUUGGCAGGAAGUUCCUGUGCUUGUCAUCAUUAGCAUGCUUGCCUACUUUUGUUUUCUUGAGCAGCUGCUGGUUGGAAAUAUGGGUACUAGUGCAAUUGCUAUAUCCCUUCCAUUUUCUUGUGUACUGGGUCUACUUUCAUCCAUGAUUUCAUCAACCAUGGUGAAGAGAAGAUUUGUUUGGGUUUAUGCAUCAAUUCAAUUUGCUUUGGUGGUUCUCUUUGCACAUAUUUUUUACUCAUUGGUCAACUUGCAAGCAGUUAUAUGCAUCCUUCUAGCAACAUUUGCUGGAUUUGGAGUAGCAAUGAGUGGGAGUUCUAUACUGGUUGAGAUCUUGAGAUGGAGGAGAAGAUGGAAUGCUCAAUCAGAUCAAUUGUACGGUUCCUAUGUGAUGACGGGACCAGGCCAAUUCCCAAGAACCGUAAAUUCUUCCGAAAGAGGUUCUCAUCAUCGCCGCAGAAAUGAAGCAGAGAACACAGAAACUUUCAGUUGAAGUUAAAAAUCAAUUUAUAGUUUAGUUUAGCUAAAUGGAAAGUAUUGUGGCUAAAUUGUGCCUUCUUCAUCUAGGUGAUGCACAAUUGGCUUUGUAAUAUACUCAAAAGUAGGAUAAUUUUUUGUUCAACCAAAUUAUGCUAGAAUAUCAAAAACCCACAGGUCUUAUCUUUGAAACAAACUUAUGAUCAUAAGACUUAUGAUCGUAAGCUGAGUAUUGUAUGUUUCAGAUGUUACUUCUCUGGAUUGGAAAUAGGAUAAACAAGUGAAUACAACUUCAUAUUUUCUUC